AUAUUUUGUUUCAAUUAAAAAAAUGAUGGAAUAUACAGUGAAUUAUAGCGUGAUAACGUUAUAAUGCGUGACAACUGGACACAUAUACCAGUGAACUGUGUGUAAAUCAUCAACUGCCUGUGUAUCAGCUGAUUUCUACACCAGCUUUACAUCCUGAGCAGAAGACGUGAGACCAAACUAUGGCUGGCACACAUGCUGACUUUGUUGAAGCCAAGAGGGACGAGCUUAUCCAGAGGGUCUCCUUAGUGAUGCCUCUGGCUGAUGAGCUGCUGCAAGGGAACCAUAUCAACCACGAGUCGUAUGCAAAUAUCCAAGCCGAAAGUACAACCCGAAAGCGGAUGAGAGAACUCUACAAGUCGUUAAACAACGAACAAAGCAAAGCUGCAUUUUAUGAAGCACUGAAGAAAUAUGAACCUUACCUUGUUAAAGAACUGGAGGGGAAAUACAGGAGGCAAGAUGGUGACGUUGUUGAAGACAUGAGGAAAAGGCCGAAUGAAAAUCAGUCAUUGGACCAGCAGUUUGAUGGCCCACAGAGAGUGGACAAUGAAACUCACACCAAACUUAAAGAACAAUGGGUGGAAAAGAGCAAGAAAUAUCGAAAGACAUUUCAGGAACUCAUUGAAGAUCCUGAUUUGAAGAGCGUGGGAAAUGGAAAACUUUUCCUGUGCAUAAAGAAUAAAUAUAAAAUAGGAAGAGGAGCCCCAGGAACCCAGGUGUACAUUGGGAUGAGGGAUGAUGGUACUGAGGUUGCAGUUAAACGAAUGGUCCAAGAUGACAAUAAACAACUAAAGGAUGAGAUGAAAGUACUGCGUAAUCCAAAGCUGGAGCACAAGAACAUCGUCAGAUAUCUAGAUUUCUCAGAAGACCAGGAUUUUGUUUACCUCUGCCUGCAACUCUGUGAAUAUGACUUUGAAGAAUACAAGAAAACCAGUAAACCGGACCAGGAUUCUUUGAAAAAAGUGAUGAAGGAAGUUCUUCUUGGAUUGCAAGCCCUCCACGAUGCUCGAAUCAUUCACAGAGAUUUAAAACCCUGGAAUAUUUUAAUUGAUGUGGAAGGAAACGCAAGAUUGGCUGACUUUGGUAUAAGCCGCAUGAUAAACCAAGAUGUAAGUACGGUGCACACGUCAAGAGCCGGAACACGAGGCUGGGAGGCAGCAGAGAUCCUGAAUACAGACGGAACGCGUAGAUACAAAACAAGCACUGACAUUCAGGUGGCUGGAAUGUUGAUGUAUUUCAUCCUCUCUGGUGGGAAACAUCCUUUCGGCACAGAGAAUGAAAGAGAAGAAAACAUUCGGAAAGGAAAUUACCAACUGGAUGAAACAACUGAUGUGGAAGCAAAAGAUCUGAUUGAGAAAAUGAUUGCACAUAAACCAGAAGGAAGGUUGAGCAUCGAGGAGGCAGUAGAACAUCCUUAUUUCUGGGACGAUAAAGGGAGAGAUGGAUUUCUGAGAGAGAUUGGAGACAUGGAACAAGUCCAGAACUACAAAGCGGUGGACGCUGAGCUUAAAGAAGCUGUGGGAAAAUAUGAAAAUUCUUUAGGCUGGAGAUCUAAGAUUACAGAUUUUGACCCCAAGUUUGAAAAAAACAUUCCAGAUGAUUUACUCGGCCUGCUGCGUUUUCUGCGUAACAGAUUGGUGCAUCGUAAAGACAUCUUCUACCAAAACAACAUGUAUAAGGAAGUGUUUCCAGAAUUCUACAUUAGCGCUAACCAGUUGGCCAAAGAGAUGAAAUGGAAAUAGCAAGCUGCAUGUGGCACAUGGGUCAUGAUCUCACCCUCGACUGGAGCAGACAUCCCUCCCACUUCAUUUUCAAUCUAUAACUUUGUAAAACAGAACUGCUUGUUAAUAAAUCUGUUUUUACGGUGCA